UGCGCGCGGAGGAAUUCAACAGGAGCCGAGGGGAGCGCUGAACUGAAGAACCCUCUCCUUUCUGUCUCCCUCUCUCUCCUCGCUCUGUCUCUCUCUCUCUUUUCAAGCGCUUAGUCCGUUCACAUCGGAGCCUCACCUGCUUCUGCAGCUACCCUCCCUCUCCCUCCCUCUGUCUCCCUCAGUCGUCUGAUCCCUGCACCUGUUCUGACUCGUCAGCCAGGUGAGGGGGAAUCCUCUGGUCUGUGGUGUUUUUUCAGCCCCGUCUCUUGCCUGGAGUUUCAGCCCAGCCGUCGCUGUGGCUUAACAGUACUUGUGGAGGUCCAGGAAGUCGCCCGUUGGAUUUAAGGUGUGGAACACACGGCAAGGGCACCGGGGAAGGACAGGCGGGAAAGGAAGGGUUAAACCUGAAUACUCCUUGCAGGAUAUUGGUCCAGAGCACCGCCACAGAAUACUCAACCGGAUUGUAUAUUGGAUAACUAAGCUGCAGCUGAUUUAAAGCACCAGAGAAAACCCAAGGUUGGAACGCAGGACAAAAAGAAAAACAAAACAAAAAAACCUGAGGCUGGCACUCUGUGGUUGGAAGAGUAGCGAGUAUGAGGGGCCAGACUGUGGUUGUGUCGGUGGCUCUGCUGGCCCUGUGCUGCGUGCUGUUCCCGAGAGGAGGGGAUACCGCAGGGGGAAUAGUCUCUCUCGGGCACCGUGGAGGAGAGGGAAAUGCAGGGGUCCAUCCAGGAGAGGGGUCCCUGGAUGAUCCAGAGAGAGGACUCUUGGUGGACCCCGACACACAGGAGAGCACUAGGAGGGCCAAACGAGACACACAGGAGGCUGCACUAACAGGCAGGGUUAGGAGAGCGCCAGAGGAGGGCAAAAAGAAGAAGAAGGACAAGAAGAAAAACAAAGAGCCGAAGGACCCCAAAGCGACCAAGAAGCCCAAAAGUGACAAGAAGGGGAAGAAGGGCAAGGACAAGAAAACCACGACCCUACCACCCACCACUACAGCGGUCCCCACUGAACCACCAACAGAACCACCCACAGAACCCGAGCCCUACCCAGACUACCCAUAUACUGACGGGGAGGAUGACUAUUGGCUACCGGAGGAAGAGGAGGAGCCAGUGGACCCGGUGGACCAAGUGGACCCAGAGGACUCAGUGGACCAAGUGGAUCCAGUGGACGAAGUGGACCCACUGGACUCGGUGACCCUCCCAGAGGCUGACUACUGGGAUGAGAACAAGUCCACACCGCCUUCAUCACAGCCUGAGACCGCGGUCAUAGACUCUCCAUACGAUGAAUACUGGCAGCCAGAGGAGGUCGACCCCGCUGCUCCUGUGACUGAUAUCUAUGACGAUUACUGGAAAGGAGAGGACCAGACGCUCCCUACCCCUCAGGUGGAUGGGAAGGCUGAUACAGAUGACGGCGACUACUGGGAUGCUACGUACGAGGUGCCAGAGAACCUCCCAUUCCCUGAUGGCAAAGAGGUCAGCCCUGAAAUACAAGUCGAAAUCGUAACAGACGAGCCAACAGCCCCACCUCCCUAUGAAGGAACCUGGUAUGAUGAGUACGACUAUGGACCGAGGAGGAAAGAAGACGAGGACGGCGACUGGGAAGAGAAAGAGAGGGAGCGGGCAGCAAAGGAGAGAGAGCAGGAAGAGAGAGAGAGAGCACAGAAACUGAAGGAGGCAGAGGAGCGUGCUAGGAACAGACCGCGUAUCUUCAAAGAGCCGAAGAAAUGUCCUCCCCUGGGGAUGGAGUCCCAUAAGAUUGAGCCGGACCAGCUCCUGGCCUCCUCCAUAGCCCAGUAUCAUUUUGCUCCUCAGAGAGCGCGCCUCAACAUGCAGGGCUCUGAUGAUGAGGAGAGUACGAGAGGUGGGGCAUGGUGUGCCAACGUCGAAGACAAGAUUCAUUGGUUUGAGGUAGACCUACGUAAGGCGGUAGAGUUCACCGGCAUUAUCACCCAGGGACGAGACUCUCAGAAUGUGAGUGAUUAUGUGAUGUCCUACUUCCUGGCUUUCAGCAAUGACAGCAGGGAGUGGAACACCAUUCAUGAUGGAUACUCAGACUGGCUGUUCUUUGGCAACAGUGAUAAGGACACUCCAGUGAUGAACCAGUUGGCUGAACCUGUGGUUGCACGCUACAUAAGGAUCAUCCCUCAGAGCUGGAAUGGCAGCUUGUGUAUGAGGCUAGAGUUGUUAGGCUGCCCCCUGCCUGAUCCAGACAACGUUCAACACAGGCAAAAUGAAGUGACUCCAGUGGACUACCUGGAAUUCAAACAUCACAGCUACUCCGAGAUGGUUGCACUGAUGAAGUCUGUGAAUGACGAAUGCCCCAACAUCACAAGCAUCUACAGCCUGGGUCGCAGCUACAACGGACUGGAUAUCAUGGCCAUGGUCAUCUCAAGCGACCCCACAAACCAUGAAAUAGGCGAGCCAGAGUUUCGCUUCACGGCAGGCCUCCAUGGAAAUGAGGCGGUGGGUCGUGAGAUGCUUCUGCUUCUUAUGCAGUACCUGUGUAAAGAGUACAAAGACAGAAACCCUAGAGCCCAACGGCUGGUGGAAGGAAUACGCAUCCACCUGGUUCCCUCACUCAACCCCGAUGGACAUGAAAAAGCUUUUGAAGUGGGGUCGGAGCUGAGCGGAUGGACUACUGGCCACUUUACCGAGAAUGGCUACGACAUAUUCCAGAAUUUCCCAGACCUGAACGACAUCUUGUGGGAUGCUGAAGAUAGGGGCUUGGUACCUAAACUCACUCCAAACCACCACAUACCCCUUCCCGAGAACUUUGAGGCCAACAGCUCGAUUGCUGUGGAAACCAGAGCUAUUAUCUCCUGGAUGGAGAGCCAUCCAUUUGUGCUGGGUGCAAACCUCCAGGGUGGAGAGAGGAUUGUGGCCUACCCUUACGACAGCUUACGCCUCAACAAGGCCGCCGACAGCGAGAGGCCCCACAGCCGCAAGAAGAGACAGUAUGAAGGGGAAGGUUUUGAUAUAGUGGAAUGGGGGAGAGGCUACAUCGAGGAGCCAGAGGAGGACUGGAGGAACAGGGGAUAUGCUGAGCCGGAGGAGGAGUGGCGAGGACACGGUUAUGAACACGGCUACCAGCAUGGUUACGAGCAAGAGCACGAACACGAGCAUGGCUACGACCACGGCUAUAGACAGGGAGGGGAGGAGGAGGAUGAGGAUCACAGAGGGAGAGAAGGUGGCUACCAGCACUCUGAGCCUGAGGAUGAGGCAAGGGUGACACCAGAUGAGUCCCUGUUCAGGUGGCUAGCUAUCUCCUACGCCUCCACACACCUGAGCUUGACACAUAACUACCACGGCUCCUGCCAUGGAGACGAUGCUGCAGGAGGGCUGGGAAUCAUCAACCGCGCCAAAUGGAAGCCAGUCAAAGGCAGUAUGAAUGAUUUCAGCUACUUGCACACUAAUUGCCUAGAGUUGUCCAUGUUCCUGGGCUGUGACAAGUUUCCUCACCAGAGUGAGCUUGCAUACGAGUGGGAAAAGAACAGAGAAGCAUUGCUCACUUUCAUGGAGCAGGUGAAUCGUGGCAUUCGAGGCAUUGUGAAAGACCAAGAGGGGAACCCCAUUAGAAAUGCCACCAUAUCAGUAGAGGGGGUCAACCAUGAUGUCACCACAGCUGCGACAGGGGACUACUGGCGUCUGCUGAACCCGGGGGAAUACCGUGUAACAGCGCGAGCAGAGGGCUUCUCCUCCAUGACCAAGCUUUGUGUGGUGGGUUACGAGGCAGGAGCUACUGCCUGCAGCUUCAACCUGGCCAAGUCCAACUGGGAUCGCAUCAAACAGAUCAUGGCCCUGCAUGGCAACAAACCAAUCCGCCUGAUCAGCCACGGGAACAGCAGAAUACGUUACACCUCAGUGGCCAAUGGCAACAGUCGUGUGGUCGCUGGCAACAGUGUCAAUUCUGUAGAUCCACAAGUCCGCCGUCAGCGGCUGAGAAGGCUGAGGAUAGCCCGUCUCCGUCGCCUAAGGCAACAGAGACUGAUGAGGUCGACGACCACAUUACCACCACCACCGACGACCACAACAGUUCCUACAACAACCACGUCCUGGUAUGACUCAUGGUUUAUAGGCGAGGGACAGUCUUCAACACCUGGUGGCUUCACAGACUCCAUCCUGGACUAUAAUUAUGAGUACAAGAUUGAUGACUAUUAAACCACACAC